UUUUGCCGCUUCUUUUCAUUAUCGAAAACAGAAAUGGCUUCCAUAUCUACAAUCUGCUUCUCUAAUUCGUACGCUCUUGCUCGCUCGAAGACUACCAAGAAUCUCCCUCGAAACCCUAAUCCUAAGAAGCAAAAAUUGAAACCACAAACUAGCAAAUUCAAGUCCUUACCUGAUCCGCUAAUUUUAUCUGGCGGAGACGCCACCACCUACACUCGCCUCCCUCCGAGAGAAGAUUUCGCAGUGCCUUCCUUCGAUUUCACUCUGCAGUCUUCCAAAGAAGUGAAGCUAUCUGAAUCAGCUACAGCGAAACUCGAUAAGGACGAAGAAGAAAUUCCCGUUGAAUUGAGUGAUGGAGAAGAAAUUGAAGAGAAUGUCGAGGAUGGUGAUAUAGGGCUUAAUUAUGGGCGAUAUGAAGUAUUUGAAGUUAAUUCAGAUUUCGAAGAUGAAGAGGACAAGGAGGGUGAUUAUGGUUACGGCAGCGAAGAGGAUGACACAGGAGAAGAGGAGGAUGAGAGGUUAUCUAGUGGCAAAUAUGAUAAUUUAUUAGAGAGUGAGGGCGAAGAAGGUAAUGUGAAGGAGAAAGGCUUGCCUGCGGUGAUGCGAUGCUUCGACCGAGCGAAAAUAUUUGUGAAGGCUGGGGACGGCGGGAAUGGAGUGGUGGCUUUCCGACGAGAGAAGUAUGUGCCGUUUGGAGGCCCAUCCGGUGGAGACGGAGGGAGGGGAGGGAAUGUGUAUGUAGAGGUAGACGGGGCAAUGAACUCGUUGCUGCCAUUUCGGAACAAGGUGCAUUUCAGGGCCGAGAGGGGUUCCCAUGGUCAGGGCAGCUCGCAGAAUGGCGCAAGAGGGGAGGACGUGGUGGUGAAGGUGGCGCCCGGUACUCUGAUCAUGGAGGCUGGAACGAGGGCGGUGCUUCUGGAGUUGUUGCAUCCCGGUCAGAGAGCUCUGUUGCUGCCAGGUGGAAAGGGCGGCAGAGGGAAUGCUGCAUUUAAGUCCGGUAACAAUAAGGUGCCAAAGAUUUCAGAGAAUGGUGAAGAAGGACCUGAAAUGUGGCUGGAGUUGGAGCUGAAGUUGGUGGCAGAUGUUGGAAUAGUGGGUGCCCCCAAUGCCGGAAAAAGCACUCUUUUGAGUGCAAUAAGUGCAGCACAGCCUAAUAUAGCUAAUUACCCCUUCACAACUUUGCUCCCUAAUUUGGGGGUAGUUUCAUUUGAUUAUGAUUCUACUAUCGUAGUAGCUGACUUGCCAGGUCUACUUGAAGGAGCACACAUGGGUUUUGGUCUAGGUCAUGAGUUUCUAAGACACACUGAAAGAUGUUCUGCUUUGGUACAUGUUGUUGAUGGCUCUUCACAGCAGCCAGAAUUUGAGUUUGAAGCUGUUCGUCUUGAGCUUGAAAUGUUUAGUCCUGAGCUUGCUGAAAAGCCCUAUAUCGUUGCUUUCAACAAAAUGGACCUGCCAGAUGCAUAUGAAAAGUGGUCAUCAUUCAGGGAAAGCCUACAAGCUCGUGGAAUUGAACCCUUUUGCAUGAGUGCAAUAAACAGAGAUGGCACUCGUGAAGUUAUUUGCACUGCCCACAAGCUUCUACAAAAAAGUGAAGAAGCAAAACAGAAAUUUGGUGGUUGGACUAGUCCUUUAGAUUUGAACCGUGUAGCUGAUAUGGUAAAUAAGCAACGGAGUGCAUCCCUUACUGACUUUGAGAUUUCCCAUGAUGCUAGUUCCAAGACAUGGCAUGUAGUUGGAUCUGGAUUGCAACGUUUUGUUCAGAUGACAAACUGGCGAUACACAGAGUCAGAGAAAAGAUUCAAUCAUGUUUUGGAGGCUUGUGGUGUAUAUAAGUCUCUAAUGAAGCUUGGUGUCAAGGAAGGUGACACUGUGAUUGUUGGGGAGAUGGAGAUGGUGUGGCAUGAUACUAUAGGGAGUUCUGGUUCGUCAAACGUCAAGAAGAAAUCUACUGGUUCAAUCAGAUGGCCCCAGUGGAAGUAACCCGCUGCACUUGAAAGCUCAUCAACUGUUGAUAGAAAUAGGCAAUGGACUGCUUCAAGGGAGCUUGGCAAUUAGGCUGGCUAGCACCAGAAACUGUAGAUUGCGAUUCACAGAGGCAGGAUCAACAAGAAUCGAAUGGAGCUGAUUGAGCCUGUUGUCGAAUUAAUUAUAACUGAUUAUUGGGGUUCUUUUAUUUAGUCUAAUGUGACGGUGGCUAAUUUGGUGUGAUAAUGGACUAAAAUCCUCUCAAAUUCAGGAAUGUCAUGCAGGAUGAACUGAUGAAGAAAAUAAAGUUUGAAGAUUGUAGAAGUGGCCAUUGAGUACUUGUUGAAUCGCAUCUGCGUCGGUUACGUCCAGAGAUCUACCCAUUGCAAUGCAAUGUUCAUGGUGCAAUUCAUAAGAAAAGCCAAAGUACACUAAAAAGAGCCUUGCAUAGGCAGGGAUAUUGGAGUUUGUGGUCUGUCUAGAAAGAUCCUAUUGGAACUUAGCCUACCGAGUAACUGAUAGACUCUAUGUACGCACACUUUGAUUCAGAUUUACAUCGAUUUGGAUACAUGGAGGAGAUGUUUCAUA